AGCUAUCCACACGAUGGCACAUCUAAGCCAAAGCCCCCGCUAUUAAUUUGCCAAACCACGUCCACCUGGCGCAGACACCACACCACCACCGCAACGGAAACACGGUGAACGCCUCGUCCCGAAACCCCGGAAAGCCGGCGAGAGCUCGAGAAGUCGAGACCAACCUCGCCGAGCGGAUCACUCGCACUACUCCCACCUCGCCGCCCGCCGCCGCCGCCGCCGGGUUCCCGUGCUGCGCGCGCUUCGAUCUCCUUCUCCUUCUCCUUCUCGCGGCCGUUCUUGUGCGUGAGUGAGAGACAGUGAGGUGGUGGGAGACCCGUGGGAAGGGAGAGGGGGGCGGAAAUGGCGAAGCACUUCGUGCUCAACACCGGCGCCAAGAUCCCCUCCGUGGGCCUCGGCACCUGGCAGUCCGACCCCGGCGUCGUCGGCAACGCCGUCUACGCCGCCGUCAAGGCGGGGUAUCGGCACAUCGAUUGCGCCAGUGCGUACAACAACGAAAAGGAGGUAGGGUUGGCUCUGAAGAAGCUAUUUGAAGAGGGUGUGGUCAAACGCGAAGAUCUGUUUAUCACGUCUAAGCUAUGGUGUGAUCAUCAUGCCCCAGAGGAUGUGCCUGAGGCACUAGAUGCUACCUUGAAUGACUUACAGCUUGAGUACCUGGAUCUUUACCUCAUUCAUUGGCCAUUCAGAACCAAGAAGGGAUCCAGCAUUGGCAAACCUGAAAGCUACUUACCACCUGACAUCCCAUCUACCUGGGCAGCAAUGGAGAAGUUAUAUGAUUCUGGCAAAAGUCGUGCCAUUGGUGUGAGUAACUUCUCAUCGAAAAAAUUGGGUGACCUGCUUGCUGCAGCCCGUGUACCUCCAGCUGUUGACCAGGUGGAGUGCCAUCCUGGUUGGCAGCAGAUGAAGCUGCAUAACUUUUGCCAGUCAACGGGCAUUCAUCUUUCUGCAUACUCGCCGCUAGGUUCACCUGGUUCAACAUUUAUGAACGGCAAUGUCCUUAAGGAACCCAUCAUUAUCUCGAUUGCAGAGAAGCUUGGCAAAACUCCUGCACAAGUGGCGCUGCGCUGGAACAUUCAGAUGGGUCACAGUGUACUCCCAAAAAGUGUGAGUGAAGAAAGGAUAAAGCAGAACUUAGAUGUUUAUGACUGGUCUAUUCCAGAGGACUUGCUUGCUAAGUUCUCGGAGAUUAAGCAGGUUAGGCUGCUCAGGGGCAACUUCAUUGUCAAUCCACAGAGCGUUUACAAGACCCAUGAGGAGCUCUGGGACAGGGAAAUUUAGGAGUUCCGUCAGUGCCAAUCACGCUUAUUGAACAUUGAUUGUAUUAGCAAAUUUACGCAUAUUUAAUGUUUGGUGGUUCAGUGCUCUCGAGCUCCUCUGUCCUAUGUAAUGAAGUGCUUGAUCAGCAGCAUCAUGUUCCCUUGGAAAUCCUUUUUACUGCUCCUCUGAAUAAAACUGGAAUGCCAUUUUGGUGCUUGUGCUUCGCAUCUGGCAUCAUUUAUCCCGUUA